AUGGUGAAGCAAGUAAAAGCCUCACUCACAUGCUUUGUUCUUUUCCUUCUUGUCAUAGCUACUUCCAUGAUAUCAAUAGUUCACUCGAAAAACACAAUGAUAAUUCCUACAAUUACAGAGAAUCAAGUUAAGAGUUGGCAAAGGAAGACAAGGAUGAACCAUGGAAGCCAUCGUGGUGGUUCGAGGAAACAUCUUGUGAAGCCAACAGCAGAGGAUUCUUUUCAGUUGGCUCGUGAGUUUCCUGUGUAG